AAAGUCUGUUUCUAAAACCUUAAUUUGUUGUAGUGGUGGCAUCAAACAUGUCUCUUUUACGUGUCAAUUAAUCAAUUCCAAAUUUGCUGAAAAUUUGUGAAGUCAAAUGAUGACAUUGAGUUGGUAUCAAAAGUCCUAACUAGUUUACAUGGUCUAGGAUCUUUGGGGCACCCUUGCUAACAACUACUUGGCAUCAGACAUGCCAACUAAUCAAUUUCCAAUUUGCAGGAAAUUUGUGAAAUCAAACGAUGAUACUGAGUCAGAUAGAAUAGAACACGUAAUUCGAGACUUAAUCAUAACGAUGAUACAAAAAAGAGAAGAGAAAGUGGUGCAAGGAAAAUCGGACAACUACGGGAGUGACUUUCUUGGAUCACUUAUAAAGUUUUACCAUGAUGCUGAUGAUAACAGUAAUAUUUCAAUUGACACUGUGAUAGACGAAUGCAAGAUAUUCUACAUUGCUGGACAAGAAACCACUAAUGGCUUACUAGCUUGGAGCAUUUUUCUCCUAGCAAUCCAUUCAGAUUGGCAAGAGAAAGCAAGGAAGGAGGUGCUUGAAUUGUUUGGCCAACAAAACCCAAGUCCAGAAGGCAUCACAAGAUUGAAGAGUAUGAGCAUGAUCCUAAAUGAAACUCUAAGGUUGUAUAGUCCAGCAGCCAAUAUGUGGAGAAAAGUUGAGAGGGAAGUCAGAUUGGGAAAGCUUGUUCUUCCAGCCAAUAUGGAUGUCUAUAUUCCAUCUCUAGCACUCCACCAUGACCCUAAUAUAUGGGGAAAAGAUGCUCACCUUUUCAAGCCAGAGAGAUUUGCCGAAGGGGUGGCUAAAGCAACUAAUAACAACACAACAGCAUUCAUUCCAUUUGGUUUAGGACCUCGAAUGUGUGUGGGUUUGAACUUUGCAGCAGCUGAAACCAAGAUAGCGCUCUCAAUGAUUCUGCAACGCUAUACAUUCACCCUCUCGCCAACUUAUGUUCACUCACCAAUGCAAAUGCUUACUAUUCGCCCAAAGCAUGGAAUUGAAGUCAUAUUCCAUGCAUUGUAAAUUUCAGUUGUAGCUUUUCUCUUAUCAAUGUGAGCAAACUCGUAAACUGUUGACAAUAUAUGUUCUGUAUUUGUAUGUGUUCUGUAUCUGGGUGUUGUUCUGUAUCUGUGUGUUCUACUCUGUGUUGCUGUCUUGCUGAUGCUGUGCUGCUGGUCUGUGUAAAUGGUGUGUUCUUGGUGAAUGCUAUGAUCAUGGUCUGUGCCAGAUUAGUCUGAA